AGACGAGGGGGACCAGGCAGGACGAGACAAGAGACGAGGGGAACCAGGCAGGACGAGACAAGAGACGAGGGGGACAAGGCAGGACGAGACAAGCGACGAGGGGGACCAGGCAGGACAGGCAGACGGGCGGGUUGACAUGACAACAAUCUGGCAAAGAGUGACUGAGAGGCUGGAGUUUAUAAAGUGGCUCAAUCAGAGGCAGGUGGACGGCCGGACGGUGACCACCAUGGAGCUGAAGCUAUGCGUCGAGCACCACGACCUGGAGGCCGCCGAGGCGCUCGUCAGCAUGAGCUUCUGGGGUCAGAGGUCGCACAAGCCCCGCCCACUGACCCCCACCUCCGACUCCUGUGACUCCACCCACCUCCACCAGGAGGGGGGGGACGCCCCCAAAGACCUGAUCGCCCUGUCGUCACUGUGUAUGACUCCGCCUCACAGUCCGAGCUUCGUUGAGGCCUCCGCCACCUCCGCCCUAAGCCCCGCCUCCAGGCCGGUCUUACCCCGCCCUGUCCUCGUCGCGGGCCCCGCCCUCCUCCUCAGUGACUCCUCCUUCGCCGCACAGACCUCAGCUCUUCCACCUCAGACGGAGUCGUCGUCCCGUGUGGCUCCGCCCACCAGAGCGAUGGUCACCAGCGUCAUCCGCCACACUGCCGACAGCCUCGGCGUUCCUCCGCCGACGGAAACCUCCACGCCGCCUCAGCCUCCAGAGACACUUCCAGAGGAGAAGGCCGGACCUCCUCCUCCUCACUCCUCCCCGAUCUCCUCCUCUCCGGUCUCCUCCUCCCUGGUCUCCUCCUCUCCGGUCUCCUCCUCUACGGUCUCCUCCUCUCCGGUCCUCUGCCAGGUUUUCCCGGUGAGCAGCCGGACCGGGAUGAUCUCCGCCUUCGUCCAGGCUCCGGUUCAGGUGCAGACUCACCUGGUGGGCUCCGCCAUGCCUCAGGGGACCGUGAUGUUUGUGGUCCCCCAGGCGACACAAGGCCCACACACCCAGAUCAUGACGUUGGGCAACACUAAGCUCCUCCCCCUGGCGCCGGCCCCCGUUUACAUGCCGACGGGAGCGAGCGGCGGCGCCGCCUCGCAGGUCGACUUCUCCCGCAGACGAAACUAUGUCUGCAACUUCCCCGGCUGCAAGAAGACCUACUUCAAGAGCUCCCACCUGAAGGCUCACCUGCGCACACACACAGGUGAGAAGCCGUUCAGCUGUCACUGGGAGAGCUGUGAUAAGAAGUUUGCUCGGUCUGACGAGCUCUCCCGUCACCGCCGUACUCACACCGGAGAGAAGAAGUUUGUGUGCAGCGUGUGCGACCGGCGCUUCAUGCGCAGCGAUCACCUGACCAAACACGCCCGGCGUCACAUGACCGCCAAGAGGGCGUCGUCGUGGCCCGCCGAGACCCGGGACCUCCACAAAGUGGCCCUGCCCAAGGGCCAGAACAGGGGCCCCGCACUUCCUGUCGGCGUGCUGGUCUCCACUGCCAACUGACAGGGCAACUCAGGACCCCCCCCCCCAUCGAGGGCGGGGCUUAAAACUGUGACUGUCAAUCAGCUCCACAUCUGGAGGAUCGUUUUUCUACAAAUCAAAACUCUGCUGGUUAAACAAAGUGAAGACGGUCGCUGAGCUCCGGCUGCGUCUACGUCCGCUUCAUUUUCAACGGGUUACUGUGGCAUGAAGACGGUGCUACAGACUCACCGGCGCCCCCCUGAGUAUGAAACAUUCAUUACGCUAGAGGAAAGGUUGUGUUCUCUACGGUGGCCUGAGUGGGACAUCUCAGCUGUAUUUUGAGCCUAAUGCUAACGUUAGCAUAUUAACAUGAUUACAUCUGAUGCUACGUCAACGAGCUGAUGUUUAGCGUGUUAACAAGCUCACAGUUAGCAUAACACUUAGCUUGUUAGCCAACUUUAAUAUGCUGACAUCUGUACAGUUAGCAUGCUAAUGUUAGCAUUUAGCUUGGAAGUGCCGCAGAUUUGUUAAAAGUUAACGUUUUAGUAGCUGGAUGUAAGUUCUAGUUCAGCUUUAGUUUAACCAAAUCGACCCAGAAGUUUACACAUUUUAAAGUUUUUAUACUUGUAUAAGCGUCAUUGUACUUCAUAUUCCAAGUCAAUACAUAAACAGAUUUGAACACUUGUUUAGUGUUUUCAUGUGUUUCAAAACACUUAAUUUACCGCCACGGUUUUCAGAAUAAAGUAAACAUGCCACAGUAAUUAAACAAUAAAAUAAUGAAGAUGAAGGUGUUCCGAUGUAGAAGCGAUGUAGACGGAGCCGGAGGACCGAGCGAGCGUCUCGUUCUGCUCAGGACAUUUUAAUCCCAACCAACUCACCGGAGGAGGAGGAGGAGGAGGAGGAGGAGGAAGGUGACAGGCUGCUAUUCAUCCACGGACAGAAACAAACAGAAACCUGACAUUGCACUGGAUUUCUUUGUUUUUGUAUAAACAUGUUUACUUCAUGUGUAAAUGUCACGUUUAGCUUUAAUAUUAUUAUGCACUCUUUUUAUUAUUAUUUUGCCAAAGCCUCCAUGAAUCGUGCGUGCUUCUAUUGUUGGCCAACUUCUGUUCAUUUGUGACUGUAAAUAUAUUGUAAAUAUAUUGAUAUCUAUAUUGAAUGUUAACGUGUAUUCCAAUCUGCAUUUAUUGAUCUGUUAAAGAUGUCAGUGGACAGUGUUCCUCACUGUGAUACUACCUACUAUUCUUUGCUUUACACGUUAUAAUUAUUAUUUAAUAAAACAUUUGUUGAGGACAAAGUGAUGUUUUUGUUUUUUGAUAGCUUGAUUUGUCCCCUAGCAUAGCCAGUAAGAAAAAUACCUCGUUAUUAAAAGUUAUUCUCAAUAAUAAAGGCUUAUAUCGGAAUAAUCCUCAUUUCUGGACGUUUGCCUGUAAGCGAUGGUGAAGAAUAUGACUUUUAUAAUAAAACGUUACCACGAA